GACUCUAGAAUGUCUGUGCCCCAGAUCCAAGUGGAAGAAGUAGUGGUGGGGGAAGAGGGGCUGGCAGGAGCAGCCCCACCUCCUGACGACCACCUCCGGAGCCUGAAGGCCCUGACUGAGAAACUGAGGCUGGAGACCCGCAGGCCGUCCUACCUGGAAUGGCAGGCUAGGCUGGAGGAGCAGGCAUGGCCCUUCCCGAGGCCGGCUGCUGAGCAGGGAGAGUGUGGGGAGGAAGAGCCCUCCCUGCGGAGAGAGCCCAGCCAGCAUCCGCCACCUACUGAAAGUGCCAGCCAGGAUGCUGUGACCCGGCCCACUGGCAAGCUGGAAGGCUUUGAAAAUAUUGAUGAAGCGAUAGCCUGGCUCAGGAAGGAACUGACCGAGAUGCGCCUGCAGGAUCAGCAGCUGGCCCGGCAGCUCAUGCGCCUGCGCAGCGACAUCAACAAGCUGAAGAUCGAGCAGACCUGCGACCUCCACAGGCGGAUGCUCAACGACGCCACCUACGAGCUGGAGGAGCGGGAUGAGCUGUCAGACCUCUUCUGCGACUCCCCGCUGGCCUCCUCUUUCAGUCUUUCCACGCCACUCAAGCUCAUCGGAGUCACCAAGAUGAACAUCAACUCCCGGAGGUUCUCCCUCUGCUGA